UUUUUUUAAGAUUACGUAAAUUGGCAUCGGUCUCUUCCGGUCUUCUUCAGAUCUGACUUGAUCUGUUUUCUAAACGAAACUGGGCGUUGGUUUUGCAGAAGAAUUUCUGCAAAAAACAACUUAAGCUACCACCAUGGAUAUUCAACCGAGAGAGAUAAAAGUUUUGGAAUCUGUUGAUGACAUUCAGCAACGGAGGGAGCAGGUUCUUUCCCGUUAUUCAGAAUUUAAAAUCGAAGCCCGACACAAACGAGAACGACUAGAAGAUUCUCGAAGAUUUCAAUAUUUUAAACGUGAUGCUGAUGAGCUUGAAUCAUGGAUAAAUGAAAAGUUACAAGCUGCUUCAGAUGAAAGUUAUAAAGAUCCUACCAAUCUACAGGCAAAGAUUCAAAAGCAUCAAGCUUUUGAAUCAGAAGUUGCAGCCCACAGCAAUGCUAUAGUAGCAUUAGAUAACACAGGCUCUGAGUUAAUAAAUCAGAAUCAUUUUGCUUCAGAUGUCAUUAAACAUCGAUUGGAAGAGCUGCAUCGCCUUUGGGAAUUGCUGCUAUCUAAGCUUGCAGAUAAAGGACUUAAAUUACAACAAGCUCUUGUUUUGGUUCAGUUCCUUCGCCAAUGCGAUGAAGUGAUGUUUUGGAUCAACGAUAAGGAAGCAUUUGUCACAACUGAUGAAUUUGGUCAAGAUUUGGAACAUGUUGAAGUGCUUCAAAGAAAAUUUGAUGAAUUCCAGAAGGACAUGGCCAGUCAAGAGUUCAGAGUUCAAGAAGUUAACGAGCAAGCUGAUAAACUAAUAAAUGAAGGCCACCCUGAAAAAGAAACCAUAAAUACCAGAAAAGAGGAAUUAAAUGAUGCUUGGCAAAGAUUAAAAGCAUUGACUCUUCUAAAACAAGAAAAAUUGUUUGGAGCACAUGAAAUACAGAGAUUUAACAGAGACGCUGAUGAGACAAUUGCAUGGAUCACUGAAAAAGAUUUAGUUUUAUCAUCUGAUGAUUAUGGCCGUGAUCUUGUCAGUGUGCAGACUUUGCAAAGGAAACAUGAAGGCAUAGAACGUGACCUUGCAGCUUUAGAAGAUAAGGUCAUGACUUUGGCUCAAGAAGCUGACAGAUUGUGUAAUAUACAUCAAGAUCAUUCUAAUCAAAUUCAGUCCAAAAAUGCUGAAAUUUCAUCAAACUGGGAAAGUCUAAAAUCAAAGGCUCAAGAAAGACGUAGACGUUUAGAUGAAUCUUAUCUUCUGCACAGAUUUUUGGCUGAUUUCAGAGAUUUAGUAUCCUGGAUUCAUGAUAUGAAAGCCAUUAUUUCUGCUGAUGAAUUGGCAAAGGAUGUUGCUGGUGCUGAAGCACUCUUGGAGAGGCAUCAAGAACAUAAGGGUGAAAUUGAUGCAAGAGAAGAUAGUUUCCGAGCUACUGCUGAAGCUGGGAAAAUGCUUUUGGAUCAAGAUCAUUAUGCUGUUGAUGAAGUAAAAGAAAAGCUUGUGACACUAGCCAGUGAGAAGCAAUCUUUGUUGUCAUUAUGGGAAGAACGUCGCAUUCUUUAUGAACAGUGCAUGGAUUUGCAGCUAUUUUAUAGAGAUACAGAGCAAGCUGAUACUUGGAUGGCUAAACAAGAAGCAUUUUUGGUUAAUGAAGAUUUGGGAGAUUCCCUUGAUUCUGUUGAAGCUCUCAUUAAAAAACAUGAAGAUUUCGAAAAAUCACUUGCUGCACAAGAAGAAAAAAUAAAGGCUUUAGAUGAAUUUGCCACUAAAUUAAUUGAAGGACAACAUUAUGCUGCUGAUGAUGUGGCUCAAAGAAGAGCUGCUUUGUUGGAGAGACGUUCUGCUCUUAUGGAGAAAUCCGAUAUUCGACGAGCAAUGUUGGAAGAUUCAUAUAGAUUGCAGCAGUUUGAAAGAGACUGUGAUGAAACAAAAGGAUGGAUUAGUGAAAAACUGAAAACAGCAACUGAUGAAAGCUAUUUGGAUCCUACUAAUGUAAAUGGUAAAGUUCAGAAACACCAAAAUUUUGAACAAGAACUAAAUGCUAAUAAGAGUCGAAUUGAUGAAAUUGCAAGCACUGGACAAGAAUUGAUGGAAGCUAAUCAUUAUGCUUCUUCACGAAUAAGUGAAAGGAUGAUGGAGAUAUUAGAUAUGUGGAAAUCAUUAGUAGAAGCAACAGAGAGGAAAGGAGCUAAAUUAAAUGAAGCAGCUGCACAGCAGCAGUUCAAUAGAGGUAUUGAAGAUAUAGAAAUAUGGCUAUCUGAAGUUGAAGGACAACUUCUGUCUGAAGAUUAUGGAAAGGAUUUGACUAGUGUGCAAAAUUUGAUCAAGAAACAUGCAUUAUUAGAAGCUGAUAUAGCUUCUCAUCAAGAUCGUAUUGAUGGAGUUGUGGUGCAAGCUACAAAUUUUGUUGAACGAGGACAUUUUGAUGCCGAAUCAAUUCAGAAUAAACAAGUUGCUCUUGUUAGUAGAUAUAAUGCUUUGCAAAAACCUAUAGCAACAAGGCGACAGAAGUUGCAAGAUUCUCUCCGUGUGCAGCAAUUAUACAGAGACAUUGAAGAUGAAGAGGCAUGGAUAAGAGAAAAGGAGCCAAUUGCAGCAUCCACUAAUAGAGGACGUGAUUUAAUUGGUGUUCAAAAUCUAAUCAAGAAACAUCAAGCAAUGCUUGCUGAAAUUAAUAACCAUGAAAAUCGUGUUCGAUCAGUAUGCCAAUCUGGAGAAGAAAUGGUUCAAGAAGGCCAUUUUGCUUCUAAUGAAAUACAGAAACGCCUUAGUAAUCUCAAUGAAAAAUGGCAAGCUUUAAAAGACAAAGCUUUACAGAGAAAACAAGAUUUGGAAGAUUCACUCCAAGCUCAUCAAUACUUUGCUGAUGCAAAUGAAGCAGAAUCAUGGAUGAAAGAAAAAGAACCUAUUGUUGGAAGUCAAGAUUAUGGCAAAGAUGAAGAUUCUACAGAGUCCCUUCUGAAGAAACAUGAAGCAUUGAUGGCUGAUUUAGAAGCAUUUGGAAACACUAUCUUUGCUCUCAAGGAACAAGCACAGUCUUGCCGACAACAAGAACGACCUGUUGUUGACCAUGCCGGUAAAGAAUUAGUUAUGGCUUUAUAUGACUACAUUGAAAAAAGUCCUCGAGAAGUCUCAAUGAAAAAAGGAGAUUUCUUAACUCUUUUAAAUAGCAAUAAUAAGGAUUGGUGGAAAGUGGAAGUCAAUGACAGGCAAGGUUUUGUUCCUGCUGCAUAUGUCAAGAAGAUCGAAGCUGGACUUUCAUCUAGCCAGCAAAAUCUUGCUGACACCAAUAACAUUUCUGCUCGACAGGCACAAAUUGAGACGCAGUAUGAAAAUCUAAUGGGCUUAGGUCAGGAGAGAAGAAAUAAACUUGAGGAAUCUUGCAAAGCAUACCAGUUGGUGCGCGAAGCUGCUGAACUUGCUCAAUGGCUUAAAGACAAAGAACAAAUAGCCCAAGUCCAAGAUGUUGGAGAAGAUUUGGAACAAGUUGAAGUAAUGCAGAAGAAUUUUGAUGAUUUCAAAGCUGAAUUGCAAACAAAUGAAGCAAGAUUGCAACAAAUGAAUGAAACUGCAAGCAAGCUGAUGAGCUCAGGUCAUACUGAAGCUGCACUGAAAAUUCAAGCACAAAUUGAAGAUGUCAAUCAGAAAUGGCAAGAAGUUCAACAAAUUACUGCAGAGCGUGCUAACCAGCUUGGCUCAGCUCAUGAAGUUCAGAGAUUCCAGCGUGAUGUUGAUGAGACAAAAGAUUGGAUUCGAGAAAAGGAUGAUAACUUGAAUUCUGAUAUUAUUGGUGAUGAUCUUCGUAGUGUACAGACUUUGCAAAGGAAACAUGAAGGAUUGGAGAGAGAUUUGGCUGCCCUUGGGGAUAGAAUUCGCAGCUUAGAUGAUACAGCAAGCCGCUUGAUGCAAACUCAUCCAGAAGCAGCUGAGACUAUUUAUACAAAACAAAAGGAAAUCAAUGAAGAAUGGACACAACUUACUGCUAAGGCUAAUGCUCGCAAAGAAAAACUGUUGGAUUCUUAUGACUUGCAGCGUUUCUUGGCAGAUUACAGAGAUUUGAUGUCAUGGAUACAAAGCAUGAUGAGUCUUGUCUCUUCAGAAGAAUUGGCUAAUGAUGUGACUGGUGCAGAAGCAUUACUUGAAAGACAUCAGAAUUAUCGCUCUGAAAUUGAUGCUCACUAUGGUAUCCCACAGGAACAUCGUACUGAAAUCGAUGCUCGAGCAGGAACUUUCCAAGCUUUUGAAAUGUUUGGACAACAAUUACUGCAAAGUGGCCAUUAUGCUAGUGUGGAAGUUCAAGAAAAAAUUGAGAAAAUGAAUGAAGCAAGACAAAAACUAGAAAAAGCUUGGAUUGAUCGACGCAUGAAACUUGAUCAAUGUCUAGAAUUGCAGUUGUUCUACCGAGAUUGUGAGCAAGCUGAGAACUGGAUGGGUAGCCGAGAAGCCUUCUUGAGUUCUGAUGAUAUGGGUGGUGACAAUGUAGAAUCUCUUAUCAAAAAGCAUGAAGAUUUUGAUAAAGCUAUCAAUGCACAGGAAGAAAAAAUUGCUGCUCUUGCAGCUUUAGCAGACCAGUUAGUUGCUGCUGAACAUUAUGCAUCAGAUGCCAUCAAUGAAAAGAAAGACCAGGUCCUGGAAAGAUGGCACCAUCUGAAAGACAAUUUGAUCAAGAAACGAUCUAAAUUGGGAGAAUCCAUGACUCUACAGCAAUUCAGCCGAGAUGCUGAUGAAAUUGAGAACUGGAUAACUGAAAAAUUGCAGAUGGCCAUGGACGAGUCUUACAAAGAUCCUACUAAUAUUCAGAGCAAACACCAGAAACACCAAGCAUUUGAAGCAGAAUUGGCAGCCAAUGCUGACCGCAUCCAAUCUGUUUUGGCUAAUGGACAGAAUUUGAUUGAUCAACAUCAAUGUGCUGGUUCUGAAGAAGCUGUUCAAGCUCGCCUCAGUUGCUUAGCUGAGCAAUGGGAGCAUCUUACAAAGAAAACCAUUGAAAAGAGCAUUAAAAUCAAGGAAGCAAAUAAACAGAGAACUUUCAAUGCUGCAGUCAAAGACAUUGACUUCUGGCUUGGUGAAGUGGAGUCUUUAUUAAAAUCUGAAGAAUCUGGAAAAGAUUUAGCUUCUGUUCAGAAUCUGAUUAAAAAACAUCAACUAGUGGAAGCAGAUGUUAAUGCACAUGAAGAUCGAAUUAGAGAUAUGAACAACCUUGCUGACAGUUUAAUUGAAUCUGGCCAGUGUGAUGCUGCUGUGAUUGAAGAAAAACGUAGUUCCAUCAAUGAGCGAUACAACCGUGUUAAAACCUUGGCUAGCCAUCGUAGAGAUAGACUUAAUGAAGCUAAUACUUUACAUCAGUUCUUCAGAGAUAUUGCUGAUGAAGAAUCUUGGAUAAAGGAAAAGAAGUUGCUGGUUAGCUCUGAUGAUUAUGGUCGUGAUUUAACUGGUGUUCAGAACCUGAGAAAAAAACAUGUUCGUUUGGAAGCAGAAUUGGCUGCUCAUGAACCUACCAUUGAAGCAGUGCAGGAAGCUGGACAGAAAUUAAUGGCUGAAUCUAAUCUAGGAGUGCCUGAAAUUGAGUUAAGAUUGAAGAAUUUGGAUAAAGCUUGGCAGGAGCUUAAAAAGAUGACUUCUGAUAGAGGAAUCAAACUCAAUGAAUCUCUGGCAUAUCAGAAUUUCUUAGCAAAACUAGAAGAGGAGGAAGCAUGGAUCUCCGAAAAGCAUCAGCUACUUAAUGUUGAAGAUUAUGGUGAUACAAUGGCAGCUGUUCAGGGACUCUUGAAAAAGCACGAAGCAUUUGAAAUUGAUUUUGCUGUACAUCGAGAUAGAUGUGUAGGAAUAUCUUCAGAAGGCCAGCAACUGAUUGCUGAAGGAAAUCACCACACAGAAAGUAUCAGCCACAGACUACAGCAGCUACAUGACCGUCUUAAUGCCCUAGAUACCAGUGCAACCAGGAGAAAGAGUAAACUGAAGGACAAUUCAGCAUACUUACAAUUUAUGUGGAAGGCAGAUGUUGUUGAGAGCUGGAUUGCUGACAAAGAAACACAUGUUCGAUCUGAAGAUUAUGGCCGUGAUUUGUCAUCAGUACAGACUCUUUUAACCAAACAAGAAACUUUUGAUGCUGGUUUGGCAGCUUUUGAACAAGAAGGAAUUCAGAGUAUAACACAACUAAAAGACCAGCUUCUGACAGCUAAUCAUGAACAGACAUCAGCUAUAGUUAAACGUCAUGAUGAUGUAAUGGGAAGGUGGCAUAAUCUUUUAGCAGCAUCUGAAGCCAGGAAACAACGUUUGCUUCACAUGCUUGAGCAGUUCAAGCAGAUUGAAGAAUUGUUUCUUACCUUUGCCAAAAAAGCUUCUGCUUUCAACAGUUGGUUUGAAAAUGCAGAAGAAGAUCUUACUGAUCCUGUCCGCUGCAAUUCUAUUGAAGAGAUUAGAGCUCUGCGUGAGGCUCAUGCACAAUUCCAAGAGUCUUUGAGUUCAGCACAAGCAGACUUUGAAGUAUUGGCUGCCCUUGAUCAACAGAUUAAAUCUUUUAAUGUUGGGGCCAAUCCCUAUACUUGGUUUACAAUGGAAGCUUUAGAAGAUACCUGGCGUAACUUGCAGAAAAUUAUCCAGGAGCGAGAUGUUGAACUAUCCAAAGAAGCUCAGAGACAGGAAGAGAAUGACAGAUUGAGGCUUGAAUUUGCUAAACUUGCUAAUGCUUUCCACCAGUGGCUCACGGAUACAAGGAUGUGGCUGCUAGACGGUUCAUCUAUGUUGGAAGGUACAGGUUCUUUAGAAGCUCAGUUAGAGGCUACUAAACGUAAAGCUGCUGAGGUUCGAGCCCGAAGAGCAGAGCUCAAACAAAUUGAAGAUCUUGGAGCUUUAUUGGGUGAACACCUUAUUCUUGACAAUCGUUAUACAGAGCACAGUACUGUUGGUCUUGCACAACAAUGGGAUCAAUUAGAUCAACUAGGUAUGAGGAUGCAACAUAAUCUGGAACAGCAAAUACAAGCCAGAAACCAGAGUGGUGUAUCCGAAGAUGCUCUUAAAGAAUUCAGUAUGAUGUUUAAACACUUCGACAAAGAAAAAUCUGGUAGACUCAAUCACUUCCAAUUCAAGAGUUGCCUCCGAGCUCUUGGUUAUGACUUACCCAUGGUGGAAGAAGGUCAGCCUGAUCCCGAAUUUGAAGCCAUUCUUAAUGUGGUUGAUCCAAACAGAGAUGGCUAUGUGUCCCUACAGGAAUUCAUGGCCUUCAUGAUCUCCAGAGAGACAGAAAAUGUUCGCUCUAGUGAGGAAGUUGAAAAUGCCUUCAGAGCCAUUACUUCUGGUGAAAGACCAUAUGUUACAGCAGAAGAACUCUAUGCGAAUCUUACAAAAGAAAUGGCCGAUUAUUGCAUAUCCAGGAUGAAACCCUAUGAAGACAAAAAGACAGGGCGAACGAUUCCUGGUGCAUACGAUUACAUAGACUUUACUCACACUCUUUUCCAAAAUUAAAUAUGGUUCAAUGUUUCCUGGUGUUUUGUUUCUUUCAUAACAUUUUGUGAUUAUGUCGCUUUAUUUAUGGAGGAAAAGAUAGACUUCUUCAUUCAUCUAGCUUUCAUCUUGAAUUGGAUUGUUAAAUCUUUUAGAAACUUUUUAUAUCUAUAUUUUAUGUUAGAUCUCUUAAGAAAAAUAGAUGUAGAAUAUUAUAUAUUAUAUUGUUAAAUGAAAUUAAUUAUGAUUUAGAUUUACAAGCCAUAUUCCAUGCACUUUUUAAAAAAAAUAUUUUAUGCUUAUUGAAUUUGAAGUAAAGCUACACUGCAGCAAUUAUUUUGUAAAUGUUGUCCAGUGAGGUAAUUUGGCCUUUUAAUAAAUCUCUUAUUUUAUGUUAUAUUUUAUUGUAGUGUUCUUUGCAUGAAAAAUUGCAGAAUUAAUACUUAAUGCAAUGGGAAAAAAACUCCAACCUGUGCUGAAAUACAUCACUUUGCUGUCUUUGCAAAUAAAAAAUAUAUAUUAUUUAUAA